AUGGCUGAUCCAACGCCGCCGGCACCGCCGUUGCUGGCGCUCCACCUGCCGCCACCUACCAGAGGUGCUCCUCGUCAGGAUCCGGCGAACGCCCUCGCCGUGCCCUCCGCUGUGCCUCCAACCACACCACGGGUCCCCCCGCCGUUCGCGAGAAGAAAGCCGUGGUCUUUCCACUGCCGCGCGGCGGAACCAACCCCACAGGCCCAGAUCAAAACGGAUGUGGAUCUGACCGCACCUCCAUCCGCUGCUCCGGCGCCAGCGCUUCCGGGGGCAUCACCGCACGCCCACCGCAUGGAGAUGGCCGACCGCCCGCUGCCCGCCAGGAUCUCCUUCCUGGCAGCGCCUCCUCGGCGCCGCCACCUCCAUGGCAGAGCGCUCGCGCCGCCGCCGCCCACCAGCGCCAGCGCACCGCCUUCUUCCUCCUCCUACGCACAGCAGCCUCCUGACCCGGCUCCUUCGCACCACCGCGAUCUCCGCCGUGCUGCGACGACCAGCAACAAGAUCACGCCACUGGCCACCCCACCUCCAAGGCUGGCCUCGGGGAAGACCCGCUCCGCGGGAAGGGGCCUGUCGUGGGGGCGUCGCCAGCACCCUCCGCCUUUGGCGGCAGGGCGCGGCCGCCACUGCCGGCCGGGCGCGGCCGCCACUGCCGGCGGUGGCAGCGGCCGGGGGAGGAGAUCUGGCGGCUUCUGGUUUAGGGAUUUGGGGGCCUCCGGAGCCGCACGCGCGUGCGACACGGGAGGGGGGGAGGAGAAGAGGGGUGGGCGAGAGAGAAAAAAAUUAAAACUGGUAUAA